AUGUCUUCGGCUGCUGACUCGCAGGCCUUUGAGAUGAGUCUGCGCGACCAGCUCAUCGCCGCUCAAAACAACCAUGCCCCUCUUCCACAACCCCACCAGCCUCCUGCCAAUGCCUACGGCGCACACCAUCCCCAGCAGUCGAGUCCACAGCACCAUCACGAGCAGGUCAUGGCCAUCCAGUCAUACGGCAUGCCUCACCAAGCUUCUGAUCUAGGCCAUCCUCAUGCCGACCCCUCGGACCCCACUGCUCAGGGAGGUGCUGCCGGCAAGAAGGGAAGAGCCCAACGCGAGCUUUCUAACACAAAGCGUGCUGCGCAGAAUCGUGCCGCUCAGCGAGCCUUCCGCAUGCGCAAGGAGCAGCACAUCAACAAGCUGGAAGACGAUCUUAAGCGCUAUCUGGUCAUGGAGGACAACUACAAGGCCCUGCAGCAUGAGACGUUCGCUUUGAGGGACUACAUUGCCGAACUGCAGACAAGAAUGACCGAGAAGAACAUCACCUUCCCACCUGCUCCCUCUCGGGCUCAGAUGCGAACCGCUUCUCUCUCCGCUCCGGACAGCCACAUCUCGCAAGACGACUCGGAACAUGUAUAUCACCAUGCCGACGAGCACCACGACCAGCUUGAUCCGCAUGACCAGCAGUCUCAACACGAUCAGCGUGGCCAGCACCAUUACGCCGACGUCUCUCCUCCACAAAGCCAUGCUGCAUCGCCAAACGCAUACCCUAUGCCCACCUUCACAGCGACCAACCACCAACCGCAUCACCAACACGCACCUGCUACCUCAUCCGAACACGUACAUCAUGAUCCCGUCAAUGAUCCACUUCCUGCAGCCGCCAUAAGUCAGCUCCAAGCCGCUGCCGCUCAAGCUGGCGACAUGGAGCCCUCACACACUGCACCGCCCACACUUCACGACCAGCAACAGCAAGCCCAUCCUCAAGAUCCUCAAUAUGUGCGCGCAAGUGAGUAUCCCGCUCACAAACGUCUUAGACUUGAUUCUCCUCCCCGCCAGACAUCUUCACCAGGUAAUAAUCCGGACGCUUAG